GAUGUCUGGCCUCUCCUACUUCCGGUUCAUCGGUCCGCUGCAGCGGCCGAGACGGCUCCUGGUCCAGAUGGUGCCAACGAGGUGCGCCGAGCUCCGGGGAGCGGCAGUGAGACCCAGCCCGCAGAGGACUUGCUUCUCUGGGGUCGCUGUUUGGGAGAAUCCUCUCACCCUCCCUGUGACCCGAGCUGUUUUUACUGUCGGGACUUCAGCCCGCCCCUUUCCAGCGUAAACACCCGGUCUUGCCGCGCCCACCACCGGUCUGGCCUGAGGGGCAGCCGCCGCUAUCCGCCCUGCCUUUUCUGAGCCGCGGUCCCCAAGCUCCAGGGUGGCCUGAGCCUGGCAGAGACCCGCUGGCCUGCGUAGAAGUGGAGCCACUAGCUGGCCGCGACAAAUUGAGUUUCUGGCUGGGCCUGAACGCUGCAACCAAGUUCCCUCGAACCAGGACAUUUACAGAUGACAAGUAAGUUCUUUUGUUACUAAGCCUUCAGCAAUUAUGGCAAUACCCUGGAAGAAAGCCCUUUUGAUACUUCUAACAUCCCAAGCACUGUCCUUAGUGAAUAGCAUUGAGGAGGAGGAAGUACCUGAAGAAUGGAUUCUCUUGCAUGUGGUUCAGGGUCAGAUUGGAGCUGGAAAUUAUAGUUAUUUGCGACUAAAUCAUGAAGGGAAAAUAGUUCUUCAAAUGAAAAGUUUAAAAGGUGAUGCAGAUUUGUAUGUAUCUGAUACCACCCUUCACCCAAGUUUUGAUGAAUAUGAAUUACAGUCAGUAACUUGUGGCCAGGAUGUUGUUUUUGUGCCAGGACACUUCCAGCGCCCUGUGGGAAUAGGUAUCUAUGGACAUCCAUCUCACCUUGAAAGUGAAUUUGAAAUGAAAGUAUAUUAUGAUAGAACAGUUGUAGAAUAUCCAUUUGGUGAAGCAACUUAUGCCACAGAUGGUAAAGCAACAAGCCAAAAGCAGCCUUAUACACCAGAAGAUACAUCUCAAGAUGAAGAAUCCAUUGUUUGGACAAUAAUAAUUGGCAUUUUGAAACUAAUACUUGAGGUUCUUUUUUAAUAUCAUUGGAUGGACACACACUGGAUUACAGUACCCAUAACCUGUGAAGUGGAUUUGUGGUUUGCUGUGAAUAUUGCUACUUUUUAUAUGUUUCAGGAAAUAGGGUUCAGGGUUCCUUUUCUAUGGUGGGUGGGUGGGAAAAAAAGCCAUAUUUAGUUUUGUAUUGUAAUUCCCCCUAAAAUAAGAGCAGCAAGCACAAGAUUUGUAGUUUCUUUAAAGAAGAAUUCAUAUAAAUGGAGAAUGUACAAUAAAAAAUGCUUAGAAUUGAUUUAACUUGUCAGGCGACUGAUUAAGUAUGACAGUAAAAUUUAAUUCAGAUUGGAGUAUAGGUUUUAUAUGAAAAUUACAAAAAUAUUAAAAUUUAACUUUCUAAUAUUUUACGCCAUUUAAAGCAAACUAAAAAUUUAAAGCAAACUAAAUAAAGCAAAAUAAAUAUGGACUAUUAUAAGUUUUAAAGUGUAAAUUUUAAAGAAUAGUGAAGAUUAUCCAUUUUUAAAUGGAGAAUAGUGGUGUCUAUUUGUGAAAAAAAAAUCACAUUUUAGCCUACACUGCCCAAGAAAUCAUGGUACUACCCACAUAUUUUGCAGCAUAGUUUCCAGGCAGUUGACAAAAGAGAAGCAUUAACAACAUUAACUUGGACUGAAACCAAAAAUACAUUUGACUUCAGUAUACAGAUUCCAGACUUUCUCAGGAACCACAGAGGAAAAUAUCAAGGUUCAGCUGUGGUGACUAAGAGUUAUCACUUAGGAUUAUUCUGUACAGCAAUUAAAACAGUGCUGAGACUUUAUGGAAUCACAAUUUUAGAACUGGAAGAUGACUGAGAAAGUUUUUUAAGCUCUUCUAGGAAGCCCAGAUCCUAAAGGUUAGUUAAUUUAAGGCCAUCCCUAAAGAGCCCAAGUCUUCAUCCAUUUCCCAUACAUCAGCUGUUUUAAUUAAAAAUAAUCUCAUGUCAUAUAUGCUUUGAAAGUUGAUCACUAAGAUUUAUUUAGUCUAAUACUUGCAGUUUCCCCAAUUAAUGUAUCCUGUUUUAGAUAUUUGCCUAUGACUCUAGACUACUGUUUGAAUGUAGUUACAAAAUACUUGUUAAACUAUUAAAUUGUACAUUUAUAACUAAAUUCAAGUAAUAGUCUGUAGGUAAAUAUCUAAAAUAGCAGGGAAAAAUGAGGGAAACCAUUAAGUUUUAGGGCUCUAAAUGUGAUCAAAUUUCUAAAAAUUAAGUUUUUAAACAUUCUUUUCAUUGAAUUUUCAGAAAUAAAAUGACUAUAUAUUAUGUAGAAUAAGUUAUAGAUUAAGUUAAAAUUAGGCUUAAAGAGCAAGUUAGCUAUAACUUUCUGGAAAUAAGUCAACUUGUAGAACUUAAGUACAUAGUUAAAAAUUGAAAAAUGUUUUAUUGACAACAAUACGAGAAAGUAUGGUUCACACAAAGUGGUAAAUUAAUUGGCACCAAAAUGUUCACAAUGUAAAUAAUAGUAUCAGGGUAAAUAUUGUAAUUUUAUCCCUCCUUGCUGGUUUUUCCCCUUCUGCCCCCUCUCCUGGGUGUGGGGGGAGCUCUCUGACAACAAUCACAAAUCCAGCGACCUAGGAGAAAAAUCGUUAAUUAAUAUACAAAGAAUUUUAGGUGUAAUAACAUCUAAUUAAAAUAGCUUUAAAAUCUUUCUCAUAUCAAAUCAUAAAUAAUUGUCCUUGACACAACAAAGGAGAAAAUGUCAGUAAGCAGAAAAAUGUGAAGCUGCCUUAAAGAAAAAAAAAACUCAUGACGUUCAAAAUAACAUGAGUUUCUAUAGAGCAGAAUUUAAUACAACAAAUUAUGCAAAUAGUUGAAUUACUGAUAUCAAAAAAGUGCUACAUUGUUGCACGGACCCAAAAGAUGUGUUUUAAACACUUUCAGAAAACUUCAUCCUUAUAAUGAAGCUCAGAAAAUAAAAAUCCUGGAAGAAUAAGGCUUUUGAUUGAAUUUCACUAAAGUACUAAUUCAACUCUUGUGGAUUACUAAUGUACCUGUCUCCAUGUUAUUCUCUGAAGUGCUUGGUUACUCUAUUUUUGUAGCACUUUAACACAUCAAAUAUGUAAUUACAACAUAUGAAUGUGCUACAUUCUAUACUUUAUAUAUUGACUCACUACAUUACUUGAAAUAAUAUACAAGUUGCUAGCUCUUUAAUGUAAUUUCUGGACAUCCUGUAGACAUAUUUUACACAGAAGUUUUUGGAAAAUUAACUAUGCAAAAAAGUCACAAAAUUAUAUAAGCCUAAAAUACAUAAUCAUGUAUGAAUUUGUUUUGAUUUGCCUCAAAUUAACAAAGCAAAAGGUAUAUUAUUUAAUUUUUUUGUCUACCUUAACACCAUUUGGAGCUACUAUGCUGCUUCAAAAAGGUAUCCAAAUUAUAUAAACAUGUUUGAACUUAAAACUGUACUGUUAGUAUGAAGCUAAAGCAUUAAAUUAUACAAAGUGAAAGCUUAUAAAAAUAAAAUUUACAAGAUUUUGAAACCAAUAAUCUUACUUUGGCAAUUUUAGAUUGGCAUUUUUGAAUAACAUUUUAUUGCUUCAAAUCUACAUUUCAGAAUAGAUGUCUAGAAUGGUUUUAGUAUAACAUUUCUUAUUUUUUCUGGUUAUUUUUCAGUUAUGUUAGUGGAAAUUUGGCCAAAUAUACAAUUUAAAUGGAAUUGCCUAAAACAUUCCAUGAUAAUAAAUAAUAUAAAACUUGUGUAAUAA